AUCUGGCGUGCCUGGAGCCUGCGCAGAGCGACUCGGCCGGUAGUGGCGAUGUCCGGCCGGUCCAAGCGUGAAUCUCGUGGUUCUACCCGCGGGAAGCGCGAGUCCGAGUCGCGGGGCAGCUCGGGUCGCGUCAAGCGGGAGCGAGAUCGGGAGCGGGAGGCCGAGGUGCCGAGCUCCCGGGGCAGCCCAGUGCGUGUGAAGCGGGAGGUCGAGCCGGUGAGCGCGCGGGAGGCCCCGACGCCCGUGGUCCCGGCUGUGCGGGUAAAGCGGGAGCGCGACGCCGACGAGGACUCUGAGCCUGAGCGGGAGGUGCGAGCAAAGAAUGGCCGCGUGGAUUCUGAGGACCGGAGGAGCCGCCAUUGCCCGUACCUGGAUACCAUUAACAGGAGUGUGCUGGACUUUGACUUUGAGAAGCUGUGUUCCAUCUCCCUCUCACAUAUUAAUGCAUAUGCCUGUCUUGUGUGUGGCAAGUACUUUCAGGGUCGUGGUUUGAAGUCUCAUGCCUACAUUCACAGCGUCCAGUUUAGCCACCAUGUCUUCCUCAACCUCCACACCCUCAAGUUCUACUGCCUUCCAGACAACUACGAGAUCAUCGAUUCCUCGCUGGAGGAUAUCACAUAUGUGUUGAAACCCACUUUCACAAAGCAGCAGAUUGCAAACUUGGACAAGCAAGCCAAAUUGUCCCGGGCAUAUGAUGGUACCACUUACCUGCCAGGCAUCGUGGGCCUGAAUAACAUAAAGGCCAACGACUAUGCCAAUGCUGUCCUUCAGGCUUUGUCUAAUGUUCCUCCUCUCCGGAACUACUUCCUGGAAGAAGACAAUUAUAAGAACAUCAAGCGUCCUCCAGGGGAUAUCAUGUUCUUGUUGGUCCAGCGUUUUGGAGAGCUGAUGAGAAAGCUCUGGAACCCUCGAAAUUUCAAGGCACAUGUCUCUCCCCACGAGAUGCUUCAGGCUGUUGUCCUUUGCAGCAAGAAGACUUUUCAGAUCACCAAGCAAGGGGAUGGAGUUGACUUUCUGUCCUGGUUUCUGAAUGCUCUACACUCAGCGCUGGGGGGCACAAAGAAGAAAAAGAAGACUAUCGUGACUGAUGUUUUCCAGGGGUCCAUGAGGAUCUUCACUAAAAAGCUUCCUCAUCCUGAUCUGCCUGCAGAGGAGAAAGAGCAGCUGCUGCAGAAUGACGAGUACCAGGAGACGAUGGUGGAGUCCACCUUCAUGUACCUGACGCUCGACCUCCCGACCGCCCCCCUCUACAAGGACGAGAAGGAGCAGCUCAUCAUCCCUCAGGUGCCGCUCUUCAACAUCCUCGCCAAGUUCAACGGCAUCACGGAAAAGGAAUAUAAGACCUACAAGGAGAACUUUCUAAAACGCUUCCAGCUCACCAAGCUGCCUCCAUAUCUCAUCUUUUGUAUUAAGAGAUUCACUAAAAACAAUUUCUUUGUGGAGAAGAAUCCAACCAUUGUCAACUUCCCUAUUACAAAUGUGGACCUGAGAGAGUACUUGUCUGAGGAGGUGCAGGCGGCGCACAAGAACACCACCUACGACCUCAUCGCCAACAUCGUCCACGACGGCAAGCCCUCGGAGGGCUCCUACCGGAUCCAUGUGCUGCAUCACGGGACGGGCAAAUGGUAUGAAUUACAAGACCUGCAGGUGACUGACAUCCUGCCCCAGAUGAUCACACUCUCAGAGGCUUACAUUCAGGCGCAGCAAACCUGGAUCCAGAAUACACAGUCGUCAUGAUUAGUAACCGCCACCUGUGUUGACUGAAAAUGGCAGAUGCCUCCCUGGGCCCUCCUCAUAGAGGCUCCUCAGGAGCACAGAGCUUGCAAGCCUCGGGCUGCUCUGUCCCAACCUAGGGCUGUUGGAAGUUCUGCGAAAGGCGCAGAGAUCCAAGACGGUAGAAACGGCAGCACCCCACCACGUCCUGCUCUUUUCACAACCUUGUUCCCUAGAGUCAGAAAGCUAUAGCUUCGAAAAAAGAAGGGAGACGCUUCUCCUUAAAGGGAGAUGCUUUUCAUUCUAGAGAUAACUCUUUAGUAACUUUGUGGUUAUAGGCUUAACUAGGAGUUCUUCUUUAGAAAGCGAGUUUGGCAUGAAAAGUAGGGAGGGGGGAUGGGUAGAAAGAUAAAAAUCAAGCAAAAGGGAAUUUUCUGAAAGAGGAUUGAGUUAGUUGUUUCAGGGGACAGACAAGUAUGGAUGUGCAGCGACAGGCUGUCCCUCGCCUAGGGUAGAACAAGUACUUGAUAAAUGUGUGUGGAUUGAAUGCUGGCUCCUACAUGUCUGUUGUGUAU